AGGUUUUUUUUUUUUUUUUUUUAAGAAAAAGACGAUUUUUAGUAAAUCAAAGGAUGAUGGAAUGUCAGCAUUUAGCUCCUUCAGUGCCCGGGAGGUGCAAAGCUCACAGCCACUGCCCCCAGGAUUCCAUUCUGGCCAAGCAGAGCUAGGAUUCCAACUGCAGCUCACUGGAAGGGGUCUCAAGAAAACCGAGGCCUGGCUGGAAAUGGCAGUGGUCUUUGCCCUGUCCCUAAGGCUGAGAGCGCUGGUGGCCCGCAACAUGUGCCGGUGCGGCAGUCAGACCCGGAUGGGGGGCAGCAGAUCUCUAGCCUCAGCUUGGACACCCGGGUAGAUGCGGCUGCUGGCUGGGCUCUGGGUGCAAGGAAGGGGAGAGCCAGGGGCAUGAUUUAAGCAGAGGGGUGUGUGUGUGUGUGUAAGGGGUGUGUUUGGCAAACUCAAAUGUCUCCAGGCAAUGGGGGAGGGGCGUAUACCCCCUACCUAAGAUGAUCCGCUUAACCCAUGCCCUGCGGCUACUGACCCCUAAGUGGUGAUAUCCUCACAUAGAUUCCAGAGGAGGAACUACGGCCCAGAGAGACUCCAUGAUUUCUCUUAGGCUCUGAAUCCUUUCCCAGGCCACCAAGUGGUCCCUAGCCAAGACGGUGGUGGAGGGAGCCUACGCCUUGCAGGACAGGAAGGGGGCGGGGGCCCGAGGUUGCUUUAAAGCGCCCCAGCCGUGGCGGCGCGGGGCGGCGCAGCUCCGGGAGCUGCGGGGCGCAGGGCGCAGCGGCCGGAGCGGGGGCCCCGCAAUCGCUAGCGGGGCCCCGCGGCUGGGACGCCUCCACCUACGGGGGGCCGUGCGCGUCUUCUCUCGGCGCUGCCGGAGAGCGAGCGACUGCUGAACCCCGCCCAGCCGAUGCACGGGAGCAGGAGGGAGUGCGGAAGGGUCCCGCGCCCCGAGGGUUCCAGCCCGGAGCCCUGCGUCCCCAGGAGAAGAUGGAGCGGCCAGAGCAGGAGCUGAUCCGGCAGAGCUGGCGGGCGGUGAGCCGCAGCCCGCUGGAGCACGGCACCGUCCUGUUCGCCAGGCUGUUUGACCUGGAGCCCGACCUGCUGCCCCUCUUCCAGUACAACUGCCGCCAGUUCUCCAGCCCUGAGGACUGCCUCUCCUCCCCCGAGUUCCUGGACCACAUCAGGAAGGUGAUGCUGGUGAUUGACGCUGCAGUCACCAAUGUGGAGGACCUGUCCUCCCUGGAGGAGUACCUUGCGGGCUUGGGCAGGAAGCACCGGGCAGUGGGUGUGAAGUUCAGCUCCUUCUCGACGGUGGGCGAGUCCCUGCUCUACAUGCUGGAGAAGUGUCUGGGCCCCGCCUUCACACCGGCCACGCGGGCCGCCUGGAGCCAGCUCUACGGGGCCGUGGUGCAGGCCAUGAGCCGAGGCUGGGACGGCGAGUAAGAGGCGGCGCCACCAGCCUGGGUCUGACCCUUGGUCCGUGUCUGUUGUAACCCCAGUCCCCUGGCCUCCCUGUGUCUUGUUCCCUGUCCCUUGGCCACACGGGAGGGGUGAUGGAGCGGCCCAGCCUCCUCCCAACUCCAGGAGUGGCUCCUCCUUCCUGUCCUGCUUCCCCGCAGCCAAUCCCCUGGCUCCUUUUAUCUCUCUCAGACACCCCCUCUUGUCCCCGGAGCAGAGCGCUGGUGGCAGAGGUGGCCCUGGGGCCCGGAAGGCAGGACGCUAUGGGGAUGGGGAUGGGGCUGUUCCGUCUAUGCCGCCUUCCUAGGCGAGCCCAGGCCAAGCGAGGGCUCGGGUGCCUGGGCUGCAGGCAUUUCCCCGUCUUGCCUGCUCAGGCCUUGGCUGCUGCCCUGCAGAGACAGCAGCCCUGGCCUUGCAGUGGAAGCGUGGGCUUGGGAGCAGGAGAUGGGGGCUGCUGGGGGCCUCGGGACUGCUCUCGCGCCACGUGGCAGGGCAGUUUUCCCAGGGCGAAACGUCCCUUCCCCUCGCGCGGCACCUCCGCCGGGAGCUCCUGGCAACUUGCUCUGGAAGAACCCAGCCUGGGGUGGGGGUCGGCCAGGAAGGAGGGUGCCUGCCUUGGGAGACCCGGUGGCUCUUUCUCACCGCGGCACCUGGCCGGGCUGAGGCUGUCCCCUGUCCCGUGACCCUCCUCUCUGUGGGUGCACAGCCCCCUUCAUCUACCAGCGCUGCGUGCUUGCGCUCUCCCCGACAGCUGCAAGAGGAGGCAGCAGCAGAGGCUCACGGGCCCUGUGCUUGUCUGCUCCGUGCCGUGGUUCUAGAACCCUGUGAGGAAUAAACCUGUGCCGUGCGCCUCUCUGACCCUCA